AUGCAAAACCUACGAUUCUUGAAAUUUUAUGGGUUUGAACAUGGAAAGAAUGUGCCUGAAUCUAAUUCCUCUGCAUUGUGCCACAUCUUGAGAUGGUUGAAAAGAGAAAACUCCAAUGAUGGAAAGGUGCAUGGUUUUGAGAAACUUAAAUUUGAUUUCUAUGAGAUAAGGUACUUUUGCUUUCAUGGAUAUCUUGACAAAUCAUUGCCGUCAAAUUUUAAUCCAAAAAACCUUGUUGCACUUUACAUGCCUAAUAGCAAAGUUGAAAAACUUUGGACCGGUAGCCAGGUUCUUGUUAAUUUGAAACAUAUUGACCUCAGUGACUCUAAGCAUCUACGCAGAAUACCAAAUUUGUCACUUAUGCCAAAUCUUGAGAGCUUAGAACUUGAAACUUGUACAAAUUUGCUUGAGAGUUUCUCAUCUAUCCAUAAUCUCCAUAAACUUGUUAUCCUGAAUCUACAAGGAUGCAAAAGCUUGAAAAAUCUUUCAAUUAGUGACAGUUGCCAAUCUCUUCGAGAAGUUUAUCUCUCUAGUUGCUCAAAUCUCGAAACAAUUCAACAUCUCACUGAUACAGUUGAAGAGUUAUAUCUAAAUGAUACUGCCAUUAAAGAAUUGCUAUCAAUAGGACAUUUAUUUAGACUAGAAACAUUGUAUCUUGAAAACUGUUCAAGGCUUGAGAGAUUACCAAAUAGUAUUCGUGAGUUAAAAUCUCUUAAAUAUUUAUGUCUCUCAAAUUGUUCCAAACUUGAUAGAUUGCCUAAUGACAUAGGAAACUUACAAACUCUGGAGGAUCUGGAACUGGAGGAAAUUUCUUUUGUAGAAAUACCAACAUUUAUUACAAGUUUGAUCAACUUGAAGAGAUUAUCUUUGACUAGAUGUAAGAUGCAGAAGCGAUUAGGUAUCCCACUCGUCGAUUUCUUUGUCUUCCAAAGACUAUCAAUCUUAUACCUGAUUGAUUAUCGCCUCGAUGUGUUACCCAACGAUAUUUGCAAAUUAUUCUCGCUGUAUAUUUUAGAUCUUAACGGAAACAAUUUUGAGACGCUACCAGAGAGCAUCAAAGACCUUUCUAACUUGGGAGAUCUUUAUUUGAGCAAUUGCCAGAGGCUUAAAUACUUACCAAAGCUUCCAAGAAGUUUACGAAUACUGAAUGCAAUGAAUUGCAUAUCUCUUGAAUCAAUAUCAAGUUUACUAGAUAUGAAUUGUCUUUUGGGGGCAAGUAACUUCAUCAAUUAUUUCAAAUUAAAAUUAGAUAUGACAAAUCUUGCCUUGAUUAUUGGGAGAACAGCAGAAGAUGCGUUGUGUCACCGCUUUUUUCCAGAAGGUUGGGCCAAGGAUAACUUAGCUGGUUUCGUUAUAUGUGUUGUUGUAUCAUCACAAGACAAUCAACUAAAGGUUGGAUUUCACCUGAUUGUUAAUGGAAAGAUGAUUUUUCAUAAUUAUCUGAUUGACUCAUGGCCUUUUUGUCUUAAUUUUCCUAAAGAAGAGGAAGUUAUUGAAUUAGAUCAUGUAGUCAUAGGUUUUCAAUGCCUUCAUAUGUUUGAGGCAUUUCCUACACUCAAUUUGAAUAGCCAAGGUGGUAUUGAGUUCUUCGUUGAACAUGCAACUAAGAAUGGUGAGUUUCGAAGUCAAGUGAAAAAAUGUGGAGUGACUUUGUUAUAUGCCAAAAAUGAUGGUUUGAGAAGAGAUAAUGAUGAAAGAUCUCAUAAGCGAUAUGUUUUGCUGCUAUUUGGUUCUCUAGGCUAUGAAAGGGUAUUGGUUGCUGUUCGAUACUGCUCAUCACUCUCUGUACAGGGGUUGUUAGAGUCCUCGGUUAACAGCAGGAAACAAAUUGAUGCCAUUGAUGUAAAUGCACAGGAACUUGCUGCUUUGAAAGCUGUAGUUAGUUGUGUCCAAGAGUACAGGCUUGAACCUGACAAUCCUCUCGAUCCACUUCAGAAAAGGAUUGAACAACUGGAGAGGUUGAAAUCUGAUAAGAAAAGGGGUGGAGAUUUUGGGAGACGUCAACACUCCAAGAAACAAAGAGCAAACUGA